AUGCAAGGUGUAUCUGAGCCGUCUAGUCAAAGAGGUGUUAUACCCCGAGCAUUCGAUCAAAUCUUCGAAAGCAUAUCUGUUAGUGAAAAAACCAAAUAUUUAGUGCAUGCAUCCUUUUUGGAAAUCUACAAUGAAGAAGUUCGUGACUUAUUGGGUCGUGACAAUAAAACGAAAUUAGAAUUGAAAGAGAAUCCUGACAAAGGCGUUUAUGUGGCUGGUUUAUCAAUGCAUAAAAUUACUUGUGUAAAAGACUGUCAGAAUAUUAUGGAAAUUGGAUGGAAAAAUCGUUCAACUGGAGCGACAUUAAUGAAUGCUGAUAGUAGUCGAUCACAUUCAAUAUUCACUAUCUACCUCGAAAUGAUUGAUCAGAGUGACAGUUCAACUGAUGAUAAUCGUAUCAGAGCUGGAAAAUUGAAUUUAGUUGACUUAGCAGGUUCAGAAAGACAAUCAAAAACUGGUGCGUCGGGUGAUCGUUUUAAAGAAGCAACAAAAAUUAAUCUUAGUUUAUCAGCAUUGGGUAAUGUUAUUUCAGCUUUAGUUGACUCGAAAGUUAAACAUAUACCAUAUCGUGAUAGUAAAUUGACAAGAUUACUUCAGGAUUCCUUGGGAGGCAAUACAAAAACUCUUAUGAUAGCUUGUUUAUCACCGGCAGACAAUAAUUACGAUGAAACACUGAGUACGCUACGUUAUGCUAAUCGAGCAAAGAAUAUACAAAAUAAGCCUAAAAUUAAUGAAGAUCCAAAAGAUGCCUUGUUACGUCAAUAUCAGGAUGAGAUUAAACGUCUUAAAGAAUUACUCAGCAGCAAUCAACAGUCGGUACCAUCAACGACGCUUGAAGUGUUCAACGGGAAGGAAAAUAUUGAUGUGCUAGAUAUGCAAGCUGAGAAAGAAAAAUUAAAACAAGAUUAUGAACGGAAAUUACAAGCUAUGCAGGAACAGUAUGCUGCAGAAGCAGAAGAUAAAGCUAAAAUACUUGAAGAUAUGAAACGUUUAAGAGAAUUCUAUGAUAUGAAAAUUUCACAAAUAAAUAGUCAUCAAGAUGUAAUACCAACAACAAACCAAUUUCUUAAUGCAGAGUCGAAAACAGACGCAUUGUGCAACAAUGAAUCGUCUAGUUCAGAAAUAAACUUAAGUACAAACGGUUCUCAUGAUAACAUUAAAUCGCUUCCUGUCGCGAAUACUUCUUUUAAAACAGCAUACUUAAUGGGAGAUAAUCAAAUGCAAAGUAAAAUGAAGUUGGAAGUAGAUCCGAUUCGAACAAGUGCACUAUCACAAGAGGAAACAAAUGCGUUUGUCGAUUCACUCAGUGAAAAUCUGAGUAAAGAUGAACUAAUCAGAAGACUAAAAUUACUAGAAGGCAAUUUUGUUGGUGGUGAACAAGCCGGGAACAAAGAAGUUCGUGAGAAGAUAACACGACGUAGACGAUAUGCUGAAGAAAGAAGGCGUCGAUUAGCCGAGGCCAAUGCAGACUUAGAAGAUGACGGGAUAAUGAUUAAUAUAUAUGAAAGUAUACAAGAUGAAUUGCAUUAUAAAAGCAAAGCAUUGCAAAGACAAAAACAAAAGGUUUAUGCAUUACAAAUGGAAAUUAAAGAUAUCCAAUCAGAAUUUGAACAAGAUCGAAGUGAUUAUCUAGAAACUAUACGUCGUCAACAGAAUCAAAUAAAUUUGCUUAACAUGAUCUUGGAUAAAGUUCAACCAUGCAUACGCAGAGAUAGUAAUUAUCAUAAUAUAGAUAAGAUUAAACGAACAGCCAAAUUUGAUUUGGAGAAAAAUGAAUGGAUAUUACCGCCAAUGUCUAUUGAACGCUUACAACUGCCACUAACAAAUACCGAUAAUUCAUCCAAUCAGUCAAAUUCAACUCAUGAAUAUAUAAAUGAUAAUAUGGAGCAAAGUAUUUCUGCUAGAGAUUUAGAAUGGAGAAGUAAAGAAGAUUCUAGGUUGUAUGCUAAACUAGCUAGCCGGACAUUAUCUCAAAAUAAUUAUUUUGCCAAUCGACGAGCAAAUCAAAUUCUACUUAAUACAGCUACAAGAGGAUCAGAAUUCAAAAGGUAUGGAUAUGCUAACUAUAACAACAUGACCAGCUCAGGAAAUUCUUCCUAUGAACUAAUUACUGGUAAUCCUGAAUUAGCAUCACUUUCAUCUUGUGAAACUGAACAGAAUAUGAACCCGUAUAUCAAUUCUUCAGACACUAUCAGAAAACCAGGUAAAUUAAAUCCAAUGUCUGAAGUUCCCUUCAAUCCGAGUAAUAACUAUGGACAAACGCGCCAAUCACAUAAUCGUAUGCAAAAAUGA